AGCGACCCGUGCUCCAUCAGCUGCCGCAACCGCCGCGCCCGCGCCGGAGCCACGAUGAGCGGCAGAGUCGGCGAUCUGAGCCCCAAGCAGAAGGAGGCGCUGGCCAAGUUUCGGGAGAAUGUCCAGGAUGUGCUGCCCACUCUGCCAAAUCCAGAUGACUAUUUUCUCCUGCGCUGGCUCCGAGCUAGAAACUUUGAUCUGCAGAAGUCCGAAGCCAUGCUCCGGAAGCACGUGGAGUUCCGAAAGCAAAAGGACAUUGACAACAUCAUGAGCUGGCAGCCUCCAGAGGUGGUCCAACAGUAUCUGUCAGGGGGCAUGUGUGGCUAUGACCUGGAUGGCUGCCCCGUCUGGUAUGAUGUCAUUGGACCUCUGGAUGCCAAGGGUCUGCUCCUUUCAGCCACCAAACAGGACUUGCUCAAGACCAAGAUGCGGGACUGUGAGCGGCUUCUUCAGGAGUGUGUCCGCCAGACCGAAAAGAUGGGGAAGAAGGUGGAGACAGUCACCCUGAUUUAUGACUGCGAGGGUCUUGGCCUCAAGCAUCUCUGGAAGCCUGCGGUGGAGGCCUAUGGAGAGUUUCUCUGCAUGUUUGAGGAAAACUAUCCUGAGACACUGAAGCGUCUUUUUGUUGUUAAAGCCCCCAAGCUGUUUCCUGUGGCCUAUAACCUCAUCAAGCCCUUCCUGAGUGAGGACACUCGCAAGAAGAUCAUGGUCCUGGGGGCAAACUGGAAGGAGGUUUUGCUGAAAUAUAUAAGCCCUGACCAGCUGCCUAUGGAGUAUGGGGGUACCAUGACUGAUUCUGAUGGAGACCCCAAGUGCAAAUCCAAGAUUAACUACGGGGGUGACAUUCCGAAGAAGUAUUAUGUGCGAGAUCAAGUGAAACAGCAGUAUGAGCACAGUGUGCAGAUUUCUCGUGGCUCCUCCCACCAAGUGGAGUAUGAGAUCCUCUUCCCUGGCUGUGUCCUCAGGUGGCAGUUCAUAUCAGAUGGUUCAGACAUCGGUUUUGGGAUUUUCCUGAAGACCAAAAUGGGGGAGCGGCAGCGGGCAGGGGAGAUGACGGAGGUGCUUUCCAACCAGAGGUACAAUGCCCACCUGGUCCCUGAGGAUGGGACCCUCACCUGCAGCGAUCCUGGCAUCUAUGUCCUGCGGUUUGACAAUACCUACAGCUUCAUUCAUGCCAAGAAGGUCAGUUUCACUGUGGAGGUCCUGCUUCCAGACAAAGCCUCAGAAGAGAAGAUGAAACAGCUGGGGGCAGUCACCCCAAAGUAAUGCCUCCUCCCACAGAAGGCCUGGCUCCCUCAGUGUCUCCCUGUCAGUUUCUGUCCCUUGUAGCAGUCAUUUGCCCAGUAUCCAGAUGCCUCCCAAAAAACUGGGCUACAAGAAAGACGCUGGGCUGGAUUUGGGAAACUUUCAUUUCAGAAUUAGGAAGAGGGAGAGUAGCAGGAGAGGGUCCCCUUGCCUCUCAAAUUGCUAAGAAGUCCCAGGGGCUGGGCACCAUGAUAGGAUCUACCAUCCUAUAAGCUGUGCCAACUUUACCUGUCCAGUGACAGCUGAGACAGGAAGUGAAAGGGGGGGAAGAUGGGGAUGGCAGCAGGGAAGAAAUUAGAAAAGGGGGGAGAGAUUGAGACCUAACACUUCGGGGAAGCCAGCUGUAGGGGAGGAACUUGUUCCCAAAUGAAAAUGUUAAGUCUAGAUCAUAAUGAGGAGUAUAGCAAGGUAGCAGGUUGCUAGAGUUAUGGUGGGGGUCAAAAACUCUUCUAAACUUUCUAUCACCAAGGCUGGGAUCUUUUGGCUUUGCCUACCAGGUCUCAGAAGAUGGUCUGAGUCAGUGUAGAUCUUCCCACUCAGGGGUAGACAGGAAGGCCACCUUGAGAUUUUUGCAAUUCUUGGGACCCACUGGCUGUCUCUUUAAUUACUGAUUGUCAGUGACUCAGCUUCUCAGGACAGUGAGAUUUGGUGCCCAGCCACUGUCCUCCAACGUAAACAAAGCACAGGGAAAUUACCUCCAGGGAUCCCAGCUCCAUGAUGGGUUAGGGGUGGGGGUGAGUCCUGAGGCUUCCACCCCCCCCCCUUUUCAGUGCUGCCGGCCUCUCAUCAAGUUAACUCUCCAUUUGAGCACCCCACACAAAAAUGACAAGUGGGCUCAAAACAGUAGAUCUCAGUGAGUGCAUUUCCCAGUCUGAGUCUCCCACGGUGCUGGCCAGGCCGCUUCCUGACUGACCUCAGCAAUGCUUUGGCAGUCCCAUGUCUGUGGGAGGCAUUCGGCUGGUGCAUUGGGUUCCUGGUGUCUGGCGGGGAGGCUGCCCGGGCAGGGGGCCAAAGCCCGGGCCAGCAUCUGGGGGCAGCCACAAACGGCCUCACAGGUCCCCAGCCCCUCCAACCACAGUGACGAACAGGGGGCGCUUGGCGACCAGGGACUGGAGGGCACGGACCCUGGGGGCAACCACAGCACUUAACACCACGCCCUGCAAACGAACACUGGAAAACGAACCCGCCUGGGCCCUCGCAGGGACUGCUUUCCCUCCGAGACCCAGGCCCCGGCCCAGCGUGGGGAGAUGGUCUGGUGAAACUGAGUAGGGGCUGGGCUGCGUGGACAGCAGCCAGACCGUUUGGCAGGGGUCACCCCGACCUUGGUUUACAACGCUCUGUUAGGAAAAUUAACCAAUGAAUAAAGCAACAUUCAGUGCA